AUGGAAUCUGAUAACGUUAGCGAAGUAAGGGAUGCGGCUGAUCAGUACAUCAAUGAAGCAUUGAAGUUGCAGAAUUCUGAUAAUCCAGGUCUAUCAUUGGUAAGUGUUCCUUUAAACUGCAUGAACUACUUAACCUGGAGUCGUUCUAUGGUGAUUGCGUUAUGUGCCAAAGAUAAAUUGGGAUUUAUAACUGGAAAGGUUGAAAAACCACCAGAUAAUUUCAAUCUGUUCGAGAAAUGGAGGCGUGUAGAUUGCAUGGUGAUAUCUUGGAUCUUAAAUUCUAUUUCAAAGGAAUUAGUUGAAUAUUUCAUAUAUACACCAUCUGCUAAGGAUCUUUGGAAUGAGUUAGAACAAAGAUUUGGUGUUAAUAAUGGACCUCUCUUAUACAAUAUCAAGCGUGAAAUUGCUUCAUUUACUCAAGGAGUAUGUCACUAA